AGUAAUAAAUCAUGUCCUCCACAUGAAGUUGAACCAAAAAAGGAGCCCAAAAUGCAUACACCAAUAAACAUACACUCCACGAUGAACCACUGCUAUCAGAUAGAAGGAAAGUUUUUGUUAUAGAAGCUUCCCAUUGUUGUUUCUCGGCUGGAUGAUCUAUCUGGUCCUGCAGCCAAGUGUGUGAACUUGCACCAAAAAUCCCCUGCAGACCUUUUGCCUGUGCUGGCAUCCUUAGCUGACAUCCAUGGCUGCAUUCCUUGAAUCUCAAGCCCACUCACUGAAUGGCUAUCCCACAGUGCCCCUUUUGCCCUGCUUCUCUCCACCCUACUCUUUCUUUCUCCCUCUCUCGCCCAGCGAGCAGUCCCGGCUGGAUAGUGGGGUCCAUUGUGUCAGUGAGAUGUUUAUUAAUGAGAGGGAUGCACACGGAGCAGAGCUGCUAUAGAAGGACUAAUCACUAAUCUCUUCGUUAAUGCGGACAACCUGUGUAUGCAGUGGCAUACAUUACAAGGAAGCUGUGUGACAAGGACAUACAAGUUGGUGUUCAGUGGGGUGUCUUGGUGAAGUUUAGUUGUAUUUUAAAGUUUUUGGAGAAGUUUUGUUUCUAGGUUUGAGUGUUUGUGUUGGGAUGGAAGUUUAGCUUUUAUGUGUAGGUGCAGAAACCAAGUUCUGUUAAACAAGAAACCAAGUUUUGUUUAUAUUAUAUACGUUUGGAUUUAGGAAGAAAGGUUUUUGUAUCUAUGAAAGGAGUAGUGUUUGUCUGAGUGUGUGUGUGUGUGUGUGUGUGUCCGUUGCCUACCAUGCCUUUGCCUCCGCCUGAUGUCCCGGCCACUCAGAGGCUGGCACUGGACUGUCGUACCCUUCUGGACCAUCGCGUUGGCAAGGGGGUUUGUGGCUGUUGCGGGGCACUCAGGCCUCGGUACAAGAGACUGGUAGACAACAUCUUCCCAGAAGAUCCAGAGGAUGGUCUGGUCAAGGCCAACAUGGAAAAGCUGACAUUCUACGCCUUGUCAGCUCCAGAGAAGCUGGACCGUAUCGGAGCCUACCUGUCUGAGAGGCUGUCAAGGGAUGUGGCUCGGCAUAGAUACGGGUAUGUGUGCAUAGCCAUGGAAGCCCUGGACCAGCUGCUGAUGGCAUGUCACUGCCAAAGCAUCAACCUGUUUGUGGAGAGCUUUCUGAAGAUGGUGCGCAAGCUUCUGGAGUCAGACAAACCCAGCCUGCAGAUCCUAGGAACCAACUCAUUUGUAAAAUUUGCCAACAUAGAAGAAGAUACGCCAUCGUACCACCGCAGUUAUGACUUUUUCGUGUCCCGCUUCAGUGAGAUGUGCCAUUCAGGCUAUGAGGACCCAGACAUCCGCACCAAGAUCCGCAUGGCAGGUAUCAAGGGUCUUCAGGGUGUGGUGAGAAAGACAGUCAAUGAUGAACUGCAGGCCAAUAUCUGGGACCCUCAGCACAUGGACAAGAUUGUCCCCUCUCUGCUUUUCAACCUGCAGAGUGGAGAGCGUACCGAGAGCCGCUCUCCCUCUCCGCUGCAGGCAUCAGAGAAGGAGAAGGAAAGCCCGGUGGAGCUGACGGAGCGCUGCUUCAGGGAGCUGCUUGGACGAGCCGCCUAUGGCAACAUCAAGAAUGCCGUCACGCCCGUGCUGAUGCACUUAGAUAACCACUCUCUAUGGGAGGGAAAGACCUUUGCAGUGCGUUGCUUCAAGAUCAUAAUGUACUCCAUUCAGUCCCAGCACUCACACUUGGUAAUCCAGCAACUUCUCGGUCACCUGGAUGCGAACAGCAAGAAUUCAGCCACGGUGCGAGCUGGGAUAGUGGAAGUCUUGCUGGAAGCAGCUGCCAUUGCAGCCAGUGGUUCUGUAGGUCCCACAGUCCUAGAGGUGUUCAACACCCUGCUGCGGCAACUUCGUCUGAGUGUAGACUACGAGCUAACCGGCUCAUAUGACGGCAGCACCAACAUCGGCACUAAGAUCAUCAAAGCUCAUGAGGAGAGGCAGCUGCAGGAGGCUGUAAUCAGGACCAUUGGUUCAUUUGCCAACACUCUACCAACUUACCAGAGAUCAGAGGUCAUGCUCUUCAUUAUGGGAAAGAUCCCUGUUCCUGGAAUUCACCUUACUUUGCCCUCCUCGGACUCUGGGCCUGAGGGUACCAGGAUGAUUCAGGUUAUGUUACUCAAGUCCUUGGUCCAGGUAACUGCAGGUUUUCAGACUACCAACAUGCUGACAGCGCUGCCCAGCUCUUUCUUGGAGCCCCUGCUGUCCUUCUCUCUAACCGAGGAUCCAGAAGUCCGUCUGUUGGUGCUGCAAAUCCUCCUCAGUCUCAUUGACAGGCAUGAAAACAGGCCCAAGUUUGCCAAUAUGAGCAGCAUCUCGGACAUCUCUGUGCUGAAGCUCAAAGUUGACAAGUGCUCCAGGCAGGACAAUUUAUUCAUGAAGAAGCAUGCCCAGCAGCUAUAUCGCCACAUCUACCUGGGCUGCAAGGAGGAGAGCAGUGGCCGGGAGCACUACGAGACCCUCUUUGCCCUGUUAGGUCUUCUCAGUGUAGAGCUGGCCAAUGAAGAGGUGGUGGUGGACCUGAUUCGCCUCGCACUUGCCUUGCAGGAUCUGGCUCUGUCCACCGACGAGGCUCUGCCUGUUUAUAACCGCUGUGCUGUUCAUGCCCUUGUCGCCGCCUACCUCAACCUCAUUUGCCAGCUCACCACCGUCCCAGCCUUCUGCCAGCACAUUCACGAGGUAAUUGAGGUGAGACAGAAAGAGAGUCCUUACCUUUUGCCCGAGGCCGUCUUUGUUGACAGUCCAAAAUUGCAUUCUUCACUGGACAAAGUAGAAGGAAGUGUUUUGUUCCUCCAGUCAAAGAUCACAGAGAGCCUUGGAGGAAGUGGUUAUAAUACAGAGAGACUCGCCACACCUUAUGUCCCUCAGUAUACUGAUGAGGACCGUCUGUCCAAGAGAAAGAGCAUCGGUGAGACCAUCUCACUUCAGGUGGAGGUUGAGUCCCGAAAUAGCCCAGAGAAGGAAGAGAGGACUCCAGCAGAGGAGAUCACAUUUGAAACCCUGAAAAAUGCCAUUGUGGACAGUGUGGGUAUGGAGGAGCAGGAGAGGGAGCGGAGGAGACAAGUGGUGGAGAAGUUCCAGAAGGCCCCCUUUGAGGAGAUAGCUGCCCACUGUGGUGCCAGGGCCACACAACUGCAGAGCAAACUAAAUCAAAUCUUUGAGAUCACAAUCAGACCCCCUCCCAGCCCAUCUGGAACCAUUUCAUCAGGUUACGGCCAAAGCCAGAGUCGAUCUGUACCCAUUUACGAGAUGAAGUUUCCUGACCUAUGUGUUUACUAAACCACAAAGUCUUCAGCAACGUAAGCGUACAGUAGAGCCUUCAAGGACAGAGAAAAGAUUUGAAAGGGCAACCGAUCCUCACUGUAAAAUUGUCUUGACCGUGGAAUCAAACAGCCACAGUGCACGUGGGACAAACUCAGCUGUAACUAAAGAACACCUCUUAGCUGUCUGAGAUUUUAUUUUAGCCUCUGAUUGCAACAAAAACAAGCUCACCAGUGUCUAUAUUGAGCAGGAAAACAAACGUAUUUCACUCACUUCUACUGCAUCAGUUACUCAUCCCUAGAGACUGGUUAGGGACCCCUAGCAGCCAGCGGCCUAUUGGGAAUGAUAUGCAAUCCCCGAUCAGUUGGCGAGUGGUUGCUGGAAAUUGAUGGCACUUGCCUGGUGAAAUUGGUUGCAAAGUUCACCUUCAAAUAAAAGUUGUGCCUAAUUGCUGAAGCCAACAUGUCUCAAAAGGUGCAGCUUUUACUUUGAAGACAAUUUCAUAGCUGCUCAGUAAGUAGUUGGCGAGUGUUUGCAGAUAAGCUGGUGUCUUCUGUGCAAACUAAAGACAACCUCCUGCAUCUGCCACCAACUACUUGCUGGCAGUUUGCUGGCAUAUUCAUGUCUCCAGGUGGUCUCAAGAUGGUCUCCAGGUGGUCUCCAACCAGUCUCUAGGCCUGUGUGACUGGGGACUGGGAUGUCUGUAGAAACUCCACUGGUUGGAUUUUCAAAUUAGAAAUUGUCAAGAACUGUGAGGGGAAAACUUGACCGACUGGAUGUUAUUUAUUGUCUUGAGAAUGAGUUGAGUAGUCGCAUGCCUGCGACUGGAAACUUUUUGAUAGCACUAUUAUUCUUGUGCAUUUUUUUAAACUUGUUUGUCCCUUCCAGGGUGCCAUACUACCUUUGAUCACAAAAUUAGAUUGCUAGACUGCUUAUUAAUAUUAUUAUUAUUUUUUAUUUUUUUUAAUUGUUUUGAUGACCAGAAAGAGUGUUUGUGGAAACUGAAACAUUUUAAUUUACUUGAUUGUAUUUGUGUGUAUGUCUGAUUGUUGUAUAGACAUAAAGGUAAUUAUCCUCAUCUCCCAUGCCACUUAGCUGCUGAGCAUCCAUCUUUUAGGCUUUAUUGUAGCUUGGUUUUGCCUUCUUAGUGUUACCCAGAAGUGCUUUUUCGCCUCUUUCUGUUUCUUUUACCUAAAUAUUAAUCUAUUUAGUUAAAACACAUUGCACCAGUCAUGACCACACUAAAGGAUUUACAGCAAUGUUUACCAGAUCAAAUGCUAAAAAAACAUUUAUUUUUCUCCCCUUUCCAUAUAAAUGUGUACAUACAGAGGAAUAUAUAAAUCUUUAAGCUGAUGUACAGCAUAAGGAUGUUAAUGUGCGUGUGUAUAUAUACUGUAUAUUCUAAUUUUAGACUGCCUCUGCACUGGUUGUGUUCAUAGAUAAAAGAGAAAUCCACUUAGUAUUCAGAUAGACAAUGUUAAAAUCUCCAAUAAGUAACCAGCAGCACGUGAAAUCCUAACAUCUGAGCAGCCCACAGGAGAAAUUUGCAUCAUCUCAAGGCCAGUAUGUCACAGCGAUUAAUAAAGGGUUACCGAGGCAAUGCUGGAAAAAGAUCAUUUUCAGCUUUACUCAAACAGGUUUCAUUACCAUAACCCUGACCUGCAUUGUUUCCAUUUACAUUCUCAGUCCUGCUGGAAUGAGUUUGCACUAUGAUUUUUUUACUAUACCGCAGCUUUUUCAGCUGCAUGUCUCAGCAAGAUUCAAAAACAUCUAAAAGCCCAGUGUGUGCACAAACACACACACAGGUAUAACAACAAGUAUGAUGGCAAUAAUUUGUCAAGAGUCUGGCUAACACGGUCCAACUGUAGGUAGCAGAUCAUGUUUGUGCGUUUCUAAAUUGUGCCUGCUGUUGUUGUGGUGCUGUGAUGGUUCAGUUUUGUGACAUUUUUAAGAGACCACCCCUCACUCGCUCUCCCUCUGUGCUGCUUCUGUGAGUGAACCGCACCCGUUCCAGCCGUUUUGCAACCAUCUUGUUCAGAACAGAAGACGGUGUCUAGUUCAUCCCUGUCAUGAGCAUUUCCACUGGCUCUUCUUUUGUUUUUUCUGUUUUUGAAUGUCAUGUCCUGUGUAUAUCCGUGUCAGCACAUGCCAGUGUAUGUGAUCGUCUGUUCACGUUUACCCCUUUUUGAUCAGUGCGCGAGUGAGCGUAUUUAUGUGUCUGUGCUAACGCUCGUACAGGUGUGUGCGUGUCUGUGUCAUCAUUACCGAAGACCAAGCUCUCCAGACGUAGUUUACAGUUCUGUCCAGUGACUCUUUCCACCACGUUAAUGCAGAAAAAGCUACUUAAGAGCCGUGUGCAGCUGUCUAAACCUUCCAGUUACACCUUGUAAAAUUGUGUUUUCAGCAUCUUGAACUUGGCAGUGAAGACCUGUAAAUCUAUCAGUCCGCGUGUCGUCAUUGCAUCACGUAAUGUAAUAUUAACUGACGGUAAUCCAAACUUACUUUUUGUCAUUACAUGUCUGGUUAAUAGCUCUGUUUUACAAUUUAGUGCUGUAGGUCAAAUCUGUUCUGUGAACUUUGCACUUUAAAAACUGGAAUACCUAGUGAGAAAGGCAGCUUUUACAUGGAGAAAAUGCCUUAUGCGUGUCAUACCUGACUUUGCAUGCUAGUGGAUGUUACCGUGUUGUAGAAUAAAUUUAUCUCUAACCAUGAAAA